AUGUUACUCGGAAAUAUUCGAGAUGAUAUGCAUUCAAAUUGUCGAACAAGUCGUAGUGUACCUCAAUUAAUGCCAUCAUUUUCAAUGAACGAUACAAUGAUUUCCCCUUCAUUUUCAUCAUCACAAAAUUUUCGAACUCCAAUUACAUCACAACAAACAAUGAUGAACUAUGCUCGCAUGUCAUAUCGUUAUACAACUGUUACAUUACUUUCUAUGCGUCCACCACCUGAAACAACUAUUUUUCCUGAUCAUCUUAUUGAACGACGUUUUCUUGAUGAUGAAAACUAUAUUGAUCUUGAUCGAAUGUUAAAUGAAAAAGCUGGUAAAUUUCGAUUGGAUUCAUAUGGUAUACGUGAUGGUGCAGGUGAUGGACCAAUACUACCAACUAGAAUGCAUAAAUACGAUUAUUCUGAUCCAGUUAUUGUUGAAAAAGUCAAAAAUCGUCGUCCAAAAGAUCCUUUAACACCUCAUCAAGUAGCUGCAUUGACAUCUGUUGUAACACGUCAUCAACCAUCAGCAGUGCCAACAUCAUUAUUAUCAACUCCUCAUCAAAAUUCAUCAUCACAAGUUUGGAUCGAUGAUUAUAGUCAUCGUCAAGCACAAAAUCAACGAAAUACAAAUCGAUAUCAUCAACCAUCACAACCAUCAAUGCCAUAUCAAAGACAAAAUUUAAAUCAAUCUGAAAUACAUUCAAAACCUAUCAGAUCUCUGUUACCUAACUAUCGAUCUAAUAAUGAACAAAAUCCAAAUACUAAUCCUAUAUUACAACGUUUAUUUCAAGCUCAACACCAUCAACAAAAUAGAAAUGAAAUUGAAAAUCAACAAUCAUCACCAUAUAUCAAUAAUCUAUUAUCAACAUCUGAACAUUAUCAUAAUGGUUUAUCUGCUUUUUGUACACCAACAACACCUGAACCAUCAAAUUCGUAUAAUAACAAUACAUUUGCAUGGCCAUUUUCAACAAAUCAAAAUCAAAAAAAUGUAACACAUCCAUUACAUAUACCAAUGGCAACUCAAACUACUGUGAAACAGAAUCAAGAUGUACUCGCACAAUUGGUUACUGAUCAACUUCGAUGUUCAACAAGUAUACAAACACCAUCAACACCAAUUAUCGAUAUCAAUAAAUCAAAUAAUUCUAAUCGAGAUAAUACAAAUGACGACGAUGAUGAUUUCUAUUCUGCACCACCAUCACCCACUCAACAAAAUGAUUCUCUACCAUCAUUAUUUGAUACAUCCAAUAAUCCUGAACAUACACGUAUAUAUAAUCAAGCAGUAUUAUUAAAUUCACUUAUACGUAAUACGGUCAAUGAAAAUAAUAUACAAAAUUCUUCAUCAAAUGAAUCUUGUUUUUCAAAUGAUACACAAUCAACAAAUUGGAAUCAAGAACAAAAUGAAAGUUAUACAGAAAUGAAUAAUCUUAUUCGUCUUCUAUCACCAGGUGUUAAAAAUAUUACUCAACAGGAAUUACUUCAAUAUCUUGAACAAGGUUGUUCAAAUGAACGUGAACAAAUGCUUCAUUUAAUUGAAACACUUAAUAUUAAUGAACAAAAUUCAUUAAAACCAAUUUUAGUUCGAUUAAUUAAUGAACAAUUAAAUAUAAUGAAAAAUCAAAAACAAAUUCAACAAGGAAAUCCAUUAUUAAUUCCACAGGAAUAUUCUCAAGAAACUCGUUCACCAUUAGAAAGUUGGUUUGGUUCAAGUAUAUAUACAAAUGCAUAUCCUCGUAUGCCAUCAGGUAGUGUUGUAUCAGCAUAUGAUCUUGAAGAAACACGUUUAGCACAAAAAAAGUAA